UACGAGGGCUGCUACACCGACUCGGCAACGCGCGUACUCAACGGCCUAAAGACCCAAACAGACGACAUGACAGUUGAAAAGUGUGCCGCCUUCUGCACCAAAUACAAGUACUAUGGCCUCGAGAGUCACGACGAAUGCUACUGCGGAAACACCUUCGAGGCCCCCACGAAUAAAGUUCUAGACCGAAACUGCGAUACCAAGUGUAAGGGCAGCAUUGCAAUGUGUGGCGGCGGUUGGCACAUUAGUUUGUAUUCCAAGAAGAUUUGA